CCAUCCACCACACAACGAAAGCAACAGCCAGCGAUCGAGACAGCAAGAAAAGCUCACUCACUCAGCUAGCUACCACCAGUCCCGAUCACAGCGAGCUACCCAGCCACUCGACGCGAUCGGCAUGGCCAGCAAGUCGGCGUCCCUGCUGAUCCUCGCGGCGCUGGUGGCCGCGGCGUGCCUCGCCGGGCAGGGCUCGGCGGCGCGCCAUCUGCCGGCAGAGAAACCCGCGGAGGACGCGGUGAAGCGACCGGACACGUUCCAGGAGGGGACGGCGCUGAUCCCGGGGAUCGGGAGGUACGAACUGGGCACCCACUACAUCCCGGACAUCGGCGGGCUCGACCACAGCAUCCCGGCCGCCGCCAACGGGCAGUUCAUCCCCGGGGCCGACGACACCUGGGUGCCCAACCCCGGCUUCGAGGUGCCCAACCCUUUCCGCCCCGGCUCCGACUCUCCCUGAUGGGUCGAGCACGUCCACGCUACGCCCAUCGCCCGUCCACACGUUGCACCCAUCCAUCUAUUUCGUAGCUAGCCUGCUAUAAAUCGAUUUCGCUAGCUUUUUUGGUUGCUACUACAAUAAAAUAGCCGCUACUACAUAGCCAUGCAUGCAUGUCUGAUGCAUGCAUGUGGCUGCGACUGCCUGCGCGCCGUCGACGUCUCGUGUUUUGAUUCAAGUGGUACGUGUGUAUGGGAUAUGGAUGGAUGCGUAGGAAGAAGUAUCCAUCGCAUGUCUCGCUUGGUUUGUUGUUACCAGUGUAAUGUGUUUCAGUUCAGUACGCUUUUUUUAAUGAUGAGAAAUGGUUUAGCUUGAUA